CCGUUCGAGGCCAAGGGUUCGUUAGUACACCGCCUUCUUACACUGAAGGCAGUGAUCUGUAAUGAUCGGUCUCCUUGUUGUAACUUAGUCAAGCUUUAUGCUAAGAUGGGUCUUCAUCGUUACAAUUUGUUUCAGGGGACAAACUAUCAGCUCAUUCUCGUAAAGAAGUACCAUUACAGAUUGAUUCUUGCUGCUUCCACUUACUACAUAACUUUGGUUGCGAUGGACCCAUCUACCUCUUUGCUCCACACUUUUCAGACUAAAAUCGAUGAAGGCCAAAUUGCCGGAUUUGUUUUGAAGUGCAAUAUUGCUAGAAUCCGAGCGGAAACCAAUAAGGACGAGCGGGCUUAUUCUUGCUACUUCCCAGGUAGCAUGCCUGAGUGGCCGACAGAGGAUCCUUUCGACAACAGAAAGCGAUUUUACGUGUUGAACAAAUCAGAGGUCCAAGACAAUGACUGGAUUCGUCUUUACUUGGAACUUGCAGUCGCCAAAUAUAGAAGUAUCAACAUGGAUCCUGAUUUGUCCGACUUGAAGAUUGUGAAUGUGGCUAUAGAUACUAGCCAAGAUCUCAGUGAGGGACUCAAUGCCAAAAAUGCAACUGUCUACAUAAGUUACAAGGACUCGUGCGAGGCUCGGGUUGGUAAGGAUGUUGAUCGCAUAGCUAUAGUUAGAAGAACCUUUUGUGAGCGUACACGACAAUUCACUCUCAGGGGUCGGCAUCAGAGUUUAGAAAUUAUACCAAAAAAGCGUGCGGAUCAGGGUGAGGACGACUCGUGUGAGGCUGGGGUUGGUGAGGAUGCUGACCGCGUUAGAAGUAGCUUCAAUGAGCAUACGAGACGCCUCAGUCCCAUGGGUCAGCAGCAUCAGAGUUCAGUAAUUAUACCAAAAAAGGGUGCGGAUCAGGGUGAGGACGACUCGUGUGAGGCUGGGGUUGGUGAGGAUGAACAUUUAACCCCCAACACAUAGAAUUUUCAAAAGAAGAGUAGUCAAUAAUUAAUUACCUUCUGUAUCUGCUGAAAAGACGUUCCGGCACAAGUUCUGGAUGAUAUGCGGCAAUGAUGAAGUUUUAUGAUAUCACCAAUGGUCAUUCUGUGGCAAAUCACCAAAACAAAUAGUUUAUGAUA